AAUCCUGGCGGCGGCAGACGAUUUGCAGCCACAUCGGCUCGCGAUAAUUUCGUGUAUAUCGCCUUAAAAGGAAAAGGCCGCCAACUAGCGCACGCGAGCCACGAACACACCAAACUUCUCCAGCAAGCGGCCAGCGAGAGAUCCGGAUACGCAGCAGCCAUGGCCACCAUCAGCGCCGCCGUGGCGACCACCGUCGUUGCCCGCGCCGCGAUCGCCAGGCCCAACGCUCUCGGGCUGCCCCAGCUGAGGGCGAGGAGCGAGAGGGUGCGGUGCGGCUACUCCAAGGACGGCAGGAACGCGGCCGCCGUGAGCGCCAAGGGCGCGGGCGCGUCGCUGCUGGCGGCGGCGGGCGCGGUGACCGCGUCGGCGGGGCCGGCGCUGGCGCUCGUGGACGAGAGGAUGUCGACGGAGGGCACCGGGCUGAGCCUGGGGCUCAGCAACAACCUGCUGGGGUGGAUCCUCCUGGGGGUCUUCGGCCUCAUCUGGUCGCUCUACACCGUCUACACCUCGGACCUCGACGAGGACGAGGAGUCCGGCGGCCUCUCGCUCUAGAUCGUAUCCCGUCCCCUCCCGUUGUUGUUGAUCCGGAUGUAAACAUGGCGGUGGUCAUCGGUGUAAACUCGGGCAUGGCUAUUUGUAUCUAAGCUUCAACUUUUGCGAGAUGUUAGCGGUCGAGUGAAGUGAUCCGUGGAGAUUACGCGCAUAUAGCAAACUUCACGAGAAACGUUCUGCAUAAAUUUGAGCUUUCAGUAGA